CUGAGGAGAAAACAAGCCAUGUUGUCGAGUACUGUCAAGUACAGUGAGCACAGGCACCAAGUUUCCAUGGUGAGAUCAUUGCCGUCCGGCAGGAGAAAUUUGCCGGAGAUUGGUGGUGGUGGGUGGCCCAGAGUUGUACGGAUAUCGGUUACUGAUGGGGAUGCCACGGAUUCCUCCGAUGAAGAUGAAGAGAAGGGGAGGCGGAGAGUGAAGAGGUAUGUGACGGAGCUGAGGAUUCUGCCGUGUGGGAGAGGUGACGGCAACGGGGAUAGUGAUGGGGUUUUGAAGACGGAGGGAACGGCGGCGGCGGCGGCGGCGAAGAGGCGGAAGAAGAGUGCCGAGUCACGGUUGAAGGCGGCGGGUAACAAUGCGAGGAAAUAUCGGGGCGUGAGGCAACGGCCGUGGGGCAAAUGGGCGGCGGAGAUAAGAGAUCCUCUGCGACGUGUAAGGCUAUGGUUAGGCACCUACGAUACUGCCGAAGAAGCCGCUAUGGUUUACGACCACGCGGCCAUUCGGUUGCGUGGGCCUGACGCUCUCACCAACUUCUCCGUACCCACCACGGCGCCGCCUGAUGUCAAGCCGGAGCCUGCUGACUCCGGCAACAACUCCGGCGACGAUUCUCACCACCAACUCUCUCCCAAAUCCGUUUUGCGAUUCGCCUCAGCCUCCAAUGGGGACUCUCCGCACCAAGACCAAGCCGUCAAAAUGUACCACACCCCUUCCUCACCGGAAAACCUCUCCACCUUCUCCUCGCCGGAAAACCACUCCACCUUCUCCUCACCGGAAAACCUCUCCACAUUCUCCUCGCAGUUCGACACCCUAUUUCCAAACGACUUCUUCCAAUUCGAAGACCCGUUAUCCGUACCCGUACCCGUACCCGGCUUAUUUGACGAAAUGGGUCUUAGCAACUACAUUUUCGAAGAAGCCUGCAGUGAUAAUACCUUCAUCGGGUCAAGUCAUGAGUUCGGGUCAGAGCAACCCGCCUGGCCGGCGGACAAUUACUUCCAAGAAUUUGGAGACAUAUUCGGGUCGGAUCCUCUCGUCGCUCUGUGAAAGCCCAAAAUCAAAUGGUUUUAUUUUUUGGAGGUUUCAGUUUUGUUUGUGUUUAAGAUUUUGUUAAUUUUGUGUUUAAAUUAGAAGCGAGUAGUUAAGUACUAUGUAGCAAAGAUAGGAACAGCUCCGUUACGUUAACGGUGACGGACGAGGAAGAGAGUUUUGGUUCUUAUUGUGGUUGGUACUUAUCGUUUCCGUGGUGUAAUUAAAUCUAUGGUUUAACUGUC